AUGUGUAACACUGUGUCAAAGACAAUCAGCCAGGCGGCAGCCAGACUUCCAGCUAUCACCUUGAUGACUGAAAUACCACGAAUCAGACCACAGACGUCAGCCGAGGUUCUAGAAGGAUGUGGCAUCUGUGCGAGAGCAGGAGACGCUGCGGGGGAAGGUGGAGUCGCUCUCGGGUCAGAGAGGGCUUUCACCUUCGACUAUGCCUUCGAGCCUUUGGUGGGCCAGCAGGAGAUUUAUGACACAUGUGUCAGAAAGCUCGUGGAAUCAGCCCUCGAUGGAUACAACGCAACUGUGCUUGCAUAUGGACAGGUUGGUUCCUUCUCCUUCUUUAUUGUACCUUUCCUGACAUAUAUAUUUAUUACGAUAAAUUAA